CAUGUAUAUAUAUUACUUUAUUUUUUUAAGAAAAAGAAGAAUUAGAAUAUGAUUCAAAAUUCUCUCUCUCAUUCGUCCAAUCAUCCCGUUGUAAUGUCAACCGGAUUCCGGUAAUCUCCACUGUCCGUACCCUUCUAACAGUUUCAUGUAUAAAACCCUUUGGUUUUGCAAAUAAACCUAUAUUUUUGUGUGAUACCAUUUUUUUCUAUAAAGCACGUACCUGAAGAAGCUAGCAACAAAGCUCAAAGAUAUACACAAAAAUAAAUCACCAAUAUUUUAGAAGAAUAAAUAAAAGGGUUGUCUCAUGGCUGAGGAGUUUCAAGCUAGGAUUUGUGGUGAAAACUGGUGGAGUAGUACCACUAUUGAUUCAACAAGAAGUACUGUGUUGUUCCCUCUAAGUUCAUCAUCAUCAUCAUCAUCUAUAUCUUCUUCUCCUUGUUCCGUGGCAGCUAAUAAUUAUGAUGCAGGAAACUAUAGCACUAGGGGAACUAGUGACAUGGAUUUGAAGGCAACAAAGUGUUGUGCUGAAGAGACUAAUAACAGUUUGGUUUCUGACACUACUUACCUGGGUUUUGUUGAUGCACACAAGCCACAUAAGAGUGAAUCAGCAGCUAGUGGAAGUGGUGGCAUGUUGACCGAUUCCACCUUGCAGAUGAUGGGUUUUGGCCUCACAUCAUCAUCAGAGAAUUGGAAUCAGCCUCUAUUAUUUCGAUGUAAUGGAAGGGCAGAGAGCAAUUUCCACUCCUUGAUUCAGGAAGAAACGGGAAUAGAUUCUUCUAAUUCACAAAUCCAUAGGGAUUGGAUCCCAAAGAGCUUCUCCUCUGACGGUGGCAAACAACAAAUUGAUGAUAAUAAUUUCAAGCCAUUAUUAUUGAACCAACAAGAAUUUUCAUUAGAUGACCAUAGUCUAAGUUCUUUAACCACCGCUGGGUUAUCAUCAAACCGUGGAUUCCCCAAUGGAUCAGCCUCAUCAUAUGGUAACCCUUCAACGUUGCAAAGUUUAUAUGACCCUAAUUAUAAUCCUCAUCCACAACACUCACUUUUCACCAACCGUCCGAUGUCCUAUUCAUCAAAAGCAUGUUAUGGGACACCAUGCACUGAACUGCCAACAUGGUCUAAAGCUUCCACUUUUUUUAAGCCCACAACCACAACAAUUGCAAAGCAGCAACACCCUAAUAUUGGACUUCACUUUUCAAACAACACUCCUUUCUGGAAUGCUUCCGCCGAGGCACUUCACGACAUAAGAGUAGGUACCUUUGCUUCAACACAAUCACAAUAUCAAAGGCCAACCUUUGAUGAUGAAGAGAAACCCAAUUUCCCAAUUACUCUAUUAAACAGGCUCAAUAGUGAAGAAAUUCUAGAGUCGGCAUCAAUGGCUAAGAAAAAUGUUUGUGAACCAGCAUUAAAGAGGCCAAGAAUUGAAACUCCAUCUCCAUUACCAACUUUCAAGGUUCGGAAAGAGAAGCUAGGGGACCGGGUCACUGCUCUUCAGCAAUUGGUUUCACCUUUCGGAAAGACCGACACAGCAUCCGUUCUUCACGAAGCCAUCGAGUACAUUAAGUUCCUUCAUGAUCAAGUCAAUGUUUUGAGUACUUCAUAUAUGAAAAAUGGAGCUCCCACUCAACAGCAGCAGGGCUGUGAUGAUCUGAAAGACUCAGAAGGACCACAACAAGAUUUAAAAAGCAAAGGGCUGUGUCUGGUACCGAUUUCAAGCACAUUUCCAGUGGCAACAGGAGCCACUAGUGCUGAUCAAUUGUGGACGCCUACAUUCAGAGGCGCACUCUUAAGGUAGAGAAGGGCUAAUAAAGCCAAAGAGACUCAACCAGUGGAGAAAAAUUGAUGACGUAUUAUUAACUAUUGCAUGUGUAAAAGGAUGGUGAAGCAAAUGUGAAGCCACAGUUUGAUGAUGAGAAAAAAGCUGAAGAAAACAAAGGAUGAAAAAGAAGGAAAAGUGAGAAAAGAAACAAACGAAGUGACCCUUCAAAGAUGGACAGAGAAAUGCUGGGCCAGCCACGAAGCAGAAUGAUAUGCGCUUGCAAAUGAUUAGUGACCACUGGAAGAGAAAAAUAUACAACUUAUCUAUAGUUUAUUAACAUGGGUGCUACAAGAUUAAUAUAUAUAACCCCAAAAUGCUAGUUAUUUUGUGGUUGGUGAGAGUAGGAAAACGAAUACUGAACUCACCGACAUUUGACAUUAGAUUAUAGAUGAUUUGAUGCUGGUUCUGGUAGAGAAUAUUUGGCUGAAUUAAUUAGCUGAUAUGGGGCUAAUUUUAAUGUC